GUGCGCGCGCGGAGUCCGCUGGAAUUAGCCCGAACCGAAACCGUCCGCUUCCUCAGCGAAACCGUCCGCUUCCUCUUUACCAAACGAGACGCAUUCAACUGUCUUGGCAUCCAGUUGGAGCUGGAUAAGAGAUGAUGGGUCCCUAGCGACGCUUAAAGGGUGGCCCGAAUCUCGACCAAAGAGGGAUAACAACUGAAGACGGCGUCCGAAGUUGGCAUGAGGCAGCGCGCUUCGUAACGCAUUCCGAGGAGAUUUGCGUUCAGGAUUAUUGCUCGGGUUCUUUUAAAUUCCCCCCGUAUGACAAUAUCUUAAAUAGAAGGUUCACCCGGUUCGUUUGAAGCGUUUUGGAAGAGAGUUUGUGUCAUGAUGAACUCCAGGCGCACGCUGUUUUCUGCGGGCUGGGAGUCAGUGGUGCUGUCCAGCGUCCUGCUUCUUCACGUCGCUCCUUUGUGUGUUAACGGUGGUAGUUCAUUUAUCAGCAAUUCUACUGGCACUAAUUCCUCAGACCUGAAUGGGGUGGGAUUUAAGCCUGCACUUCCGGGUGAAGUCACAUCUAUUGCCCAGGCCCAAGUUCGUUCUCGAAAACCACGAUCUGGAGAAGAGUCAGGCAGCGGUGGAGAAACCUCAACCAGUGCUGUUGAUUCAGCUGAAAGGGAACGCCUUAUUGAUUUGACGAUAGAUGGCAUGGCUGCCCGGCUGCCCACGCUGGCUGAACCCCGGACACGUAGCCUGUCACAGCUGGAUUUUAGCGAGGAGAGAAUCCAGGACAGCGUCCCGCGUUGGAAGAGAGAGAGAUUACAAGCAGAUGGGACUCUGUUAGAUCCUGUCACGGGUCCUCCUCCUGAGUCCACCUCUUCUCAACCAGAAGAAGUUAUCACGGUCAAUUUUUACAACCCUUCUCACCAACAGCAUGUUCUCGAUCCCCCUGCUUGGGUUCAGCAGCUCCAGAGUGGAGAUCCAACCUCCUGGACCCUUUCUGAUUUUUAUGAUUAUCUGUCACCUGACUAUUCGCCCACUGAAGUUUAUCUGGAGGAGAGCCAACCAACACCACCUGACAUGGAAGACGAAAAUGUUCCUCUCAUAGCCAGCGCAGUUCCCUCCAACACUAGAGUUAUUACCUCUGAUGAUGGAUCUGGAGAACCUUCACCUGGAGCAUCAGAUGUGCUCAACUCUGGAUGUCUUUAUGGAUUUGUGCGUUACAACGGCACAUGUAUCUCAUCAUGCGAAAUCUUCCCCAGUUACUGCUUCAAUGGAGGACAGUGCUAUGUGGUUGACGGUAUUGGUGCUUUUUGCCGGUGUAACAUUCAGGAGUACAUCUGGAACAAGGGCUCCAGGUGCGAGUCGGUCAUUUCAGAUUUCCAAGUGAUGUGUAUAGCAGUGGGCGGAGCCGCCAUCAUGUUGCUCCUCCUCUUCAUGAUUGUAGUUUUUUUCUCCAAGAGGAUGCACAUGCUUAAGACUGAAAACAGACGACUUCGCAAACACAGUAAGUUCCGCCCAAAGUCGGAGCAGCACAUCGAUAACUUCUCGCUCUCCACCGUCGCAGAGGGCUCUCAGGCAAAUAAAACCAUGAGCAGAUACACGUGGGAAUAUAAACCUAAAGAAGAUCCCUGCAGUGAGGAUUGCUCUUGCAAAGAAGAUCCAUGCAAAUGUCCCCCUAAAGAGGACGAGUCUUUGAACAACCAGAACUCGCUUACGCCAAAACUGGAAAACGACAAGGCCGCCACAGAAGACAAUGCGGAGGAGGUAAACUCAAUGCAGAACAACAUGAACAACGUGUAGUAACACCCCUUUGCCACAAGCUGGCGCUGUGACUGUAGCAAGACACACAUUUGACACCUUGAAAUUACUAAAACACCCUAAUUAGUGGACUAAACACUGACGUGGCACUCCUCCUUGCAUUCACCUCAAGAUGGCUCAAAACACGCAAACGAAGUACUGAACUAGCAUGCUAACUUCUGUUUGUACUCUGUCGUCACGCGGUGGAGUUCCUACCGCCAGGGUACCUUCCCAGCACAUUCACCUUGUCCUUGCUUGCUGUCCGUGCUGAUGUCACGCUGCAUCGUGUUAUGUCAAGCUUUGUUAUUCUGUGCUCCGCUAAGUCACGCUACGCUAGGAAACACUUCACCCCACAACCCAAAGGUUUAGCCGCCAGGUUUUCAACCUUUGACCUUCAGUCUUCACCGCUGUCACCUUCUGAACUCCUGUCUGUCCUGCCUUACUCAAAUCAGCAUGCAUUGGUGUUCUUUCAUAUAAGAAACAAACAAAACGUCUGUUGGAAAUAUCGUAGCUAUUUAGACUGUGUAAAAAAUAAUUCUGAGAUUUGUAGAUGUAUGUUGACUUAUUCAGUGCGUGUGUCUGAAUAUAUAUAUACAUAUAUACAAAUACUGCUUGGAUUAAUAUUUAUAUGCAGUAUCAUACAGUUUUAAUGCUCAUUGUGUCUUGAAACUAAUUAUUUUGGUGUAUUGAAACAUUUUUUGUACUACUUUUUUUUUUUUUUUUUUUUUUUUUUUUUUUGAAGGCAAAUGAAAAUAAAUAAAGCCAGUUUGUUUGGAAUAAAACACUUUGCCAGUACCAAA